AUGAGUGUCUUUAUAGAGCUGAAACUGCUAGUGACCAUAGUAGCCCUGACAGUGGGGCUGGCACACACAGAGCCUCAAGAUGAACUUUACAAUUUUGAAUGGAUAGGAUACAACACAAAUUUGGAUGACCCUAAAUACAGGCUCCUGGAUAAUGUCCAGCCUUUACAAAUAUCUGUUGAUUUAGAUGUAUACCUAGAAGAAUCCAGGUUCAAUGGUAUCGUGCAGCUACAAGUUCAGGUCCGGGAAAACUUAACGCAAAUUGUGCUGCACCAGAAUGUUGUAUCAAUCGAAGAAGUAUCCGUUUUAGAUGCGAAUCAGCGACCUGUUUCUCUUCAAAUACCAAAUCCGUUUACAAUUGAUAGAUAUUAUGAAAUUGUUACCAUCAACUUUGCUUCUGAGAUAGUGCCAGGCACGUAUAUCAUUACCGUCAAUUACAAAGGGCGUAUUAACGAGAAUCCUCAUGAUAGAGGCCUUUACAAAGGAUAUUACUACAAGAAUAACGAGAAACGUUACUACGCAACAACGCAAUUCCAGCCUUACCAUGCUAGAAAAGCUUUCCCCUGCUUUGACGAACCUCAAUUCAAAUGUCCAUUCACCAUUACUAUUACAAGAGGUGCCAAUCUACGACCAUCGUUCUCAAACAUGGCUAUAGCCUAUACUAACGUUUUACCAUCCGGUAGAGUACAAGAGAGAUUCUAUCCUACGCCUGUUGUAUCAUCCUACCUGGUAGCCUUCCACGUGAGUGAUUUUGUUAGUACAAAUUCCUCGGGUACAGUGCAGAAGCCCUUCCAAAUCAUCUCUCGCGAAGGACCCACUAAUCAACAUAGCUAUGCAGCUGACAUUGGUUUCAAAAUCACAGAAAUUAUGGAAUCGUACUUUAAUAUCAGCUACUAUGAAAUGGGCCAAGGUCGGGCAAUGAAAAACGAUCAUAUCGCACUACCCGAUUUUCCUUCUGGAGCUAUGGAAAACUGGGGAAUGGUUAACUACAGGGAAGCCAACCUCCUAUACGAUCAACAAAAUACAAAUCUUCCAGAUAGAAUAAAUAUUGCUGCAAUUAUAGCCCAUGAAUUAGCUCACAAAUGGUUUGGAAAUCUGGUCACUUGUUUCUGGUGGAGCAACUUGUGGCUUAAUGAAUCUUUUGCAAGUUUCUUCCAAUACUUCAGCGCACACGAGGCAGAGCCUUGGUUGGAACUAGAUGAUAGAUUUAUUCUAGAUAGGGUGCAGAGUGCUCUAUCAGGUGAUGCAAGCGCAUCUAUUCAACCAAUGAACUGGUCUUCCGUAGCUGACAAUCCCUCAAUCACCGCUCAUUUUGGUACCAGCAGUUAUGCGAAAGGAGCGUCUGUGUUAAGAAUGUUAGAACACUUCGUGACUCCUGUCGUGUUCAGAAAUGCUUUAAGAUACUACUUGAAAGAUAACGCAUAUGGCAUUGGUUAUCCUACGGAUAUGUAUGCAGCCUUUAGACGUGCUGUGUCAGAGGAUCCUACCUUCGCAACCACCUUUCAAGGAAUCGAUAUAGGAACAGUUUUUGAUGGCUGGGUUCAAAACGCUGGCGCACCAGUUGUUGAAGUCAAUGUGAACAUGACAUCUGGAUUAGUGUCUCUUGCUCAGCGUCGGUUCCAAAUUUCCGGGACUCCACGAAAUGACAUUUGGCAAAUACCUAUUUCUUGGACCCAUGGUGAUAGCCCCAAUUUCCAAAGUACCAGACCUACAUACGUUUUGACUCAGAGAACUGGAAGUGUUCAAAAGCCAGUAGGAACAAGCUGGGUCGUUCUUAAUAUCGCUCAAUCUGGUUUCUACAGAGUUAAUUAUGAUAGUCAGAACUGGGGAUUAUUAGCAGCUCAGUUGCGAAGUAACAAAGAAGUUAUUCAUAAGUUAAGCAGAUCACAGAUUGUUAAUGACGUUCUAUUCUUCAUUCGUGCUGGUCAAAUAUCGAUUCCUGUGGCGUUCGAUGUUCUCUCUUUCUUGGCGAAAGAAACAGAUUACUAUGUAUGGAACGGUGCAUUGACUCAGCUGGAAUGGCUUCACAGAAGAUUAAAGCAUUUGCCUGCAGCUUAUGAUGAAUUUACUGCCUACCUUUUGGAGCUCGUCGACGAGGCUGUAAAACAGAUUGGGUACGAUGAUGGAGCCAAUGAUUCAGCGUCCACAAUCCAGCAGAGAAUGCAGAUCCUUAACUUUGCUUGCAAUUUAGGUCACCAAGGCUGCAUUGAUGACAGUCUAGCUAAAUGGAACAGCUUUAGAACACAAAACACACCUGUGCAAAUAUCAUCUCGCCGUUACGUUUACUGCGUUGGUCUACGCAAUGGAAAUGCAAGCGAUUAUGAAUUCUUGUUCCAAAAAUACAAUACAUCUGAAAACACGGCAGAUAUGGUCGUGAUGCUUCGAUCACUGCCCUGCAGCAAAAACCAGGCAUCUGUUGAACACUUCCUCUAUCAGACAAUGCACAGCGACAAAAUCCGUGUACAUGAUAGAAACAAUGCCUUCUCAUAUGCCUUGCAAGGAAAUAGCGAAAAUCUGCAAACUGUACUCAACUUCAUAUUCAAAAAUUAUGCUGAGAUUCGGGAAACUUAUGGUGGAGCUGUCCGAUUAUCAAACUCCUUAUCUGCACUAUCUGGAUUCUUAACUGACUUCGAAGACAUAGUUAAGUUCCAAUCAUGGUUGUACGAAAACCAAAUCGCUAUUGGUGAAUCGUUCUCCACUGGCGUAAGUGUUGUCAAUACAGCUGUAAACAACCUCCGAUGGGGCAACAACGUAGCAGCUGAAAUUUACUCAGAGCUUCAAAGUAGAAGUUCAGCAGCUACCGUGAUGACGUCGUUAUCCGUCGUUAUUUUGGCUUUAGCGGCUAAAUUUGUAUUUUAGUUAAUAAAAAUAUUUUAUUAAAUAAUAUUGUUUGAUUCAGU